UUUCAAUCUCUAUCAUCAACUCUCGUCGCUCCAGAUUCUUCAAAAAAAGAAAAAAAAGGCCCCAAAAGACACUUUCUUUUACUUCAUUGUAUUCUAGAAUUAGAACAAAGAGAUGAAAUGAACUUGUAAAAGGCAAAUUAUAUAUAUAUACUUUAAUUUACUUAGUUUUUUUUUUCUAACUAUUUAAAAUGCAGAGAUUGGUUAUCCAUCAUAGACCCCCAGUGAUUUCAAGAAGGAAACUUCCUUUAUUGGUUGUUGCGGAUUCAUUUCCAUCUUUUGAUAGUGUUUCAAGACUACCCAUUUCUCCUUCAUUACAAUGUAGAAAAAUAUCAAGGUUGAGUUCAACGUGCAGCACGUUUAGAACACGAGCAUCCAAUGUAGGUAUUGGAUCCGGGGGCUAUGAAGAUAAGGAUGAAAGAGAAGACCAAAGUAUUGUGAAGGGCCCCUGCAGUGACAGUUCAUCAGAAGCUUUGAAGCCUCCGAGUCAAAUUCCUUAUCCUCUUUCCGUUGCUGGUGUACUAUUGGGAUGUACUUUAGUAUUGUCACUAAUUGCCUUUGCAAAAGGUGGACCUGCAUCACUCUUAGCAGCAAUAGCAAAAUCAGGCUUCACGGCUGCUUUCACAUUGAUCUUUGUUUCUGAAAUCGGAGACAAGACGUUUUUCAUCGCUGCACUCUUGGCAAUGCAAUACGAGAAAGGACUGGUUCUAUUGGGCUCGAUGGGUGCUCUUUCUCUUAUGACAAUCUUGUCAGUAAUAAUCGGACGGAUCUUUCAGUCAGUCCCUGCUCAAUUCCAAACCACCUUGCCGCUUGGAGAAUAUGCAGCAAUAGCUCUUCUCGUGUUCUUUGGCUUAAAAUCUAUAAAAGAUGCAUGGGACCUUCCACCGACGGCAGCAAAGAAAGGUGCUGAGGGAGGCCCUGAACUUGAUGAGUUUGCUGAAGCUGAGGAACUCGUGAAAGAAAAGGCAUCAAAACAACUCUCGAAUCCACUCGAAAUUGUCUGGAAGUCAUUCAGCCUUGUGUUCUUCGCUGAAUGGGGAGACCGUUCAAUGCUUGCAACAAUCGCGCUUGGCGCCGCACAGUCACCAUGGGGUGUGGCAAGUGGAGCCAUUGCCGGACACCUACUCGCAACAUCAAUUGCAAUUCUCGGAGGAGCAUUUCUUGCCAACUAUAUUUCUGAGAAACUGGUUGGUUAUGUGGGCGGAGCGCUUUUUCUUGUGUUUGCAGUUGCCACAUUUUUUGGAGUUUUCUGAUUGAUUAUACAGAACAUAGAGCAAAUGUCGGGCUAAUUUCCGGCGCAAAUGUUGUGAUACAAUGCUGAGAAAACAAUUAGGGUAAAAUGUUGCAGUUAGGGGUAUUAAGAGGCUGCCAUGUUAGUUCUUAGAAUGGUUUAUUGUAUUUGGAAUUAUAUGUGGACUUAGAUGAUUUCUUUGUAGCUUUUAGCUAAAUAUUGAAGAUAUGAUUGACAUGUUUUUGCUACAA